AUGGAUGAUGUAAAUCUGAAGGGACUUAAUCGUACUCUAAAAAAAUAUUACAGUGACUUCUCCUCUCUUUCUUCGGCUCUUCACACUCAUCUCCAAAUCUCCAAAGGUGAUGUCGUCUUCAUCUUCGCCUCUAUCUCCGCCAACAUUCCCAUUCUCUACCUCGCUCUUCUUUCCAUCGGUGCCGUCGUCUCCCCUUCCAACACCAUUUACUCUAAAUCGGAGAUUGCCCACCAAAUCAAUCUAAUCAAACCUUCCAUCAUCUUCACUACCUCUUCUUGCAUCUCCGAUCUCCCGACUACCGAUCUCCCUACUUUCCUCAUCGACUCGUCUCUUUUUCACUCUUACCUUCGAUCUCAAUAUACUCCUGUUUUACUCCCUCCAUUCGACGUAAAGCAAGAUGAUCUAGCUGUGAUUCUUUUCUCCUCCGGCACGACAAGCCAAACCAAAGGCAUCAUCCUCACUCAUCAUAACCUCAUUGCGACUGUCUCGAACAACUCUGCCACUCAAACAAGCCUACAGAAUUUGGAAUCUGCUAACAGAGUCACACUCUUUGCCAACUCUAUCUUCCACAUCUUCGGCUUUUCUUUGUUGCUAACAUCAUUGGCUCUAGGAAAAACUGCGGUGACUGCGGUGCUGAUUGAGAAAGUGGAUCUUGAGACCAUUGUGCAUGCUGUGGAGAUUCAUCAGCUAUUGGAAUCUAACAUCAUCUCCAAUUUCGAUCUCUCGUCACUUCGCAUAAUAAUUUAUAGUGGUGCUUCUGUUCGUCGUGAGAUCACCGAGCUUUUUGCCAUAAGAUUCUCAUCAGUCAAGCUCUUUCAGCGGUAUGCGAUGACGGAGUCUGGCGGAUCAGGAUUCAUGUCGGAGAAACUUGGGAAUGUAGGGGGAGUUCCGAGAGCGCUAGAGGCUAAGGGUGUGUUUGGUUAG